ACUGACACAAUGAAUGUCUCUGAGACAGACUCCAGUUUUACUUUUGUAAGAGAAUUUAUACUCCUAGGUUUUUCUUGUGAGUGGAAGAUUCAAGUCCUGCUUUUCUCAUUCUUCACUACAACGUAUGCUCUGACCCUAUCAGGGAAUGGGGCCAUUGUUUGUGCACUGCGGUGUGACCGGCGACUCCACACCCCCAUGUACAUAUUCCUGGGGAAUUUCUCCUUUCUAGAAAUCUGGUAUGUCUCCUCUACUGUGCCCAAGAUGCUGGUCAACUUCCUCUCAGAAAAUAAGUCUAUAUCUUUUGCUGGAUGUUUUCUCCAAUUUUAUUUCUUUUUUGCUUUGGGAACAUCUGAAUGCUUCCUUUUAACUGUCAUGGCCUUUGAUAGGUACCUAGCUAUUUGUAAACCCUUGCACUACCCUAAUACCAUGACCACACCUCUAUGUAUCAAACUGGUCAUUAUUUGCUGGGUGUGUGGAUUUCUGUGGUUCCUGAUCCCCAUUGUCCUCAUCUCUCAAAUGCCCUUUUGUGGUCCAAAUAUCAUUGACCAUAUUGUGUGUGACCCAGGGCCACUAUUUAUGUUAAUGUGUACCUCUGCCCCUAAAACCCAGCUGCUUUGCUAUACUCUCAGCUCAUUAGUUAUUUUUGGUAAUUUCUUCUUCAUCCUUGGGUCCUACUCUCUUGUCCUGUUAGCUGUGUUACGUAUGCCUUCUGCCACUGGGAGACAUAAAGCCUUCUCCACCUGUGGGUCUCAUUUGGCUGUGGUAUCACUAUUCUACGGGUCUCUGAUGGUCAUGUAUGUGAGCCCAGGGCUAGGAAAUUCUGUUGGGAUGCAGAAAAUUGCAACUUUGUUUUAUGCUAUGGUGACCCCACUCUUCAACCCCAUCAUCUAUAGCCUCCGGAACAAAGAGAUAAAGGCAGCCCUGAGGAAAAUUCUAGGGAGUGUCAAUAUAACGUAA